GUUCAGCUAGGAAAAAAAAAUCUCAACAGACUGUCAGAAAAAGCAAUUUGAGAAACACUGCACUAAAACCCACAUAAACAGUGCAUAAAGGGAAGCAAAAACAGAAGUAGAAAGUAAGGGGAGGUCAUUAAGAAAAUGGAAAGUAGAGUGCUCCCUAUUUAAAACAUAAGCCCAGGGGAAGGUCUUCAGAGAACCUGGAGGCCCAGGCUCACAGUCUGACCAGCAUCAACCAGGACACCAGCAUCUACGAGAUCCCCAAUGGCCUUCUCUUUCCUUUUGCUGAUGGUCCUGGUGGUGGUCAGCUGCAACUCCACCUGCUCUCUGGGCUGUGACCUGCCUCGGAGCCAUAGCCUGGAUAACAGGAGAACCAUGAUGCUUCUGGGACAAAUGAGGAGAAUCUCCCCUUUGUCCUGCCUGAAGGACAGAAAUGACUUUGGGUUUCCCCAGGAGGAGCUUGAGGGCAACAAGUUCCAGAAGGCUCAAGCCAUCUCUGUCCACCAUGAAAUAAUCCAACAGAUCUUCAGUCUCUUCAGCCUGCAGGCCUCAUCUGCUGCCUGGGAUCAGACCCUCCUGGACAAAUUGUUCGCUGCACUUGAUCAGCAGCUGAAUGACCUAGAAGUCUGUUUGAUGCAGGAGAUGGGGAUAGAAGAAACUUCCUUCCCCCUGAUAAAUGAGGACUCCAUGCUGGCUGUGAGGAAGUACUUCCAAAGAAUCACUGUCUAUCUGACAGAGAAGAAAUACAACCCUUGUGCCUGGGAGAUUGUCAGAGCAGAAAUCAUGAGCUCCUUCUGUGCAUCAACAAACUGGCAAGAAAGACUAAGAAGUAAGGAAGGCGACCUGGUGCCAUAA